GCUCUGUCGUGUCUGUGGUUUUCAAUUUACAUUUGGGUUGGGUGAGCUUUACUGUAAAAUAUUGUAUUUAAAAACACAAAAAUAAAGUAAUAACUUAUUGAGCGAGUAAUUUACAAUUUAAUCGAAAAAAUAUUGAACUUGGAAGGGUGUAAAAUUCUAAUUUAUAUCUAGUCUAGAUUGUUUUUUUAAUGUGUUUUGGGUGAGCCCACUAUGUAAUUCAUGGAAGUGAAAUUAAAUUAAAAGGUGCGUUUCAUGUUUGGGAAGGUGUAAGACAACCGGUGGUAUUGGUUGAUAACCCAUAAACACCAUGUUUUCCAAGAAAAAGAAGAAGCCUCUUAUAUCACCACCAAGUAAUUUUGAGCACAGAGUACACACAGGCUUUGACAAGCGGGAAGGCAAGUUUGUUGGUCUUCCUUUGCAAUGGGCUUCAUUAGUCGGCAAUAACCAGAUAUUAAAGUCUACAAAUAGGCCUCUACCUCUUGUGGAUCCCUCCGAGAUUACUCCCACCGAGAUAUUAGAUUUAAAGACAAUUGUAAGGGGUGAUCACCGAACUACCUCAGUUGCCGCAGUAUCGCGUCCAGUCUCGACCAACCCUAUAAGUCAGCCUAUGCAAAAUGGUGUUGUUUUGCCUAAAACAUCUAAUGUUGCGCGAUCAAAUUCACUGAGAAGCUCAAGUCCGCCUAGAAUACGUCGUGAUUUUCGUAAUCAACCAAACAUACCUCCGUCUGUACCAGAGGAGUCACCUCCUGUUCCCCCUGCACCUCAGCAGUAUCCAAGCUUGAGGAGGGAACAAAGUAAUUAUGCUUUAAACAAGCCAAUAUCUGACUCUCCUAUUGAUUGGAGUCACUCUCAUGAAGCGACAGUGAGGCCAGUGUCAGAAAUAAAUGACAAUCAGCAGGCUGCCAUAAUGUAUCAAAACAUACAGAACGCCAAUAUACCAUAUCAACACAAUCACCCACCGCAACCCAGUCAAGGACAGCAUGGGAUGAACGGAAACAACAACCUGGGGGAACCAUAUCCAGCCACAAUACGACAUGCACAGCCCGGGCCGGGUGCUCCACAUAUGCCUCUCACAGAGAACAAGCAUGAGCUGCGCUUGACACAUGAACAGUUCCGAGCGGCCCUGCGCUUGGUGGUGAGCGAAGGGGAUCCCCGCGAGACGUUGAGCGGGUUCAGCAAGAUAGGGGAGGGCAGCACCGGCGUGGUGUGCGCCGCGACCGACACGCGCACGCGCCGGCGAGUGGCCGUCAAGAUGAUGAACCUGCGCAAGCAGCACCGGCGGGAGCUGCUGUUCAACGAAGUGGUGAUAAUGCGGGACUACCCACACCCGAACAUAGUGGAGAUGCACGCGUCGUACCUGGUGGGGGACGAGCUGUGGGUGGUGAUGGAGUACAUGGCGGGCGCUUCGCUCACGCAGAUCGUGACGCGCGCCAGGAUGGACCCCGAGCAGAUCGCCACUGUCUGCAAGCAGUGCUUGAAGGCGCUGGCAUUCCUGCACGGUCAAGGCGUUAUACACCGGGACAUCAAAUCAGACUCCAUACUCAUGACGUCAGACGGCCGGGUCAAACUGUCCGACUUCGGCUUUUGUGCUCAAGUGUCACAGGAACUGCCAAAACGUAAAUCACUAGUAGGGACGCCAUAUUGGAUGUCACCAGAGGUUAUAUCCAGACUGCCGUAUGGCCCCGAAGUGGAUAUUUGGUCACUGGGCAUCAUGCUGAUAGAGAUGGUGGACGGAGAACCGCCUUUCUUCAAUGAACCCCCAUUACAGGCGAUGCGUCGUAUCCGCGACAUGCCGCCGCCGCGGCCGCGCGGCGCGGGCCGCUGCCCCGCCGACCUGCUGUCGUUCCUGGAGUGUGCGCUGGUGCGCGACCCGGCGCAGCGCCACUCGGCCGCGCGCCUGCUGCACCACCCCUGCCUGCGCCGCGCCGGCCCGCCCGCGCUGCUCGUGCCGCUCAUGCCGCACCCGCAGUGACGCGCGCCUGCGACUGCGGCGCAGGUACACCUGAGGUAAACCUAUCUGGACCUUUUACACUUGUAAGUAAUCAUCCACACAAGGCAGCUAUACUAAUAGUAUUAAAAACGAAAUAACAUGACAAAAGGACACUGUCCCGUAUCCCAACAAUUAAACUUAUAAUUACACUCAGAGGCACAAUUAUCCGCCCUCUCUUUAAUAUACUCUCGUCAUAUUAAAUAAGGCGAAUAAUUGUGCCUCUGAGAAUACAUUAGACAAAUCAAGUCUUAAUUAUUAUUUAUUCAAUGAAAAAUAAAAAUGUGUAAUGCUCAUAUACCUGUAUUUGUAUAUUUAACAUGUUUAAUGUAUUUAAUAAUAUUCAAUUAAUUUUUUAUACAAAUGACGAAUUGUUUGAAAGCAAUAAUAUUGUACUUUAUUAAUUAUUACAAAUUAGGUUUAAGCCCAGUGUAAUCAUUCCAUCAGUCAAAUUUAUCAUUCCUCUUGUGUUUCUUUAUGCUAUACACUAGACUUUUUCUUUGAUAUACACACAUUCCAUUGAAAAGUCUGCACUGAAACUAUCUAUUUAUAUUUAUAAAUUCAGUACAGUAAGGAAUAAAUUAUAAGAAGUAAAUAAUCAUGGUCCGAGAGGUGGUCGACAUUUUUGUAUGGAUGUUUGUUACUCUUUAACGCCGCUACUAUUUGCUGAAAUUGAAUUUGAAAUGGAAAUGGAUUUUACUCUGUAGGCUAUUUUUCAUCCCGGAAAAAUCCAUGGUUCCCGCGGAAUAUAUGAAAAACUGAAUUCCAUGCGGACGAAGUCGCGGGCGUUUGCUAGUAGAACAGGGGCUGUAGCCAUGUGGCACGUCGAUUCUCUUUCUACAAACGCUAACGCUUCUAAAACUAAAAAAAAUGUAUGGGAAUGACAUUUGUUAUCGACAGAUCACGUGAUCAAGUUAUCGAUCUGUCAUUCCCAUUCAUUUUUCUGGGUUAGUUAGCGUUAGCGUUUGUAGGAAGAGGAUCGACGUGACACAUGGCUACAAACCCUGGAAACCUGGCUGGGCAGUAGUGACGCUAAAUUAACCCUAUACAUUCUAAGUCAGGAUUUUUGUUCUCUCCUCCUACUCCUCAGAAAGUUCUGAAGUUCUGUGUUAUGGUAGUAUAGAAGAAGGUAGCACAAGUUUUCAGCUUGCCUCAAAUACCUAAUUAAAAAUAUCGACCAGCUUUCUAGACAUUACAACAGUAGGCCUUAGGAUGCCACAAGAUAUCUCAUGACAAGAGGUUGACCAAUAGAGACUCUAUCCAUACUAUCGCUGUCUCUUUUGUUACGAUGUUACGAAAGAGAGGGCUAUACUUUUGAUUCUAUUUCUCGAGAAAAUUAUUGUCUCUAUUUCAGUAUUUCUCUGGUCACAAGAUAUGUCGUUGAUGCAUCCUAGGCCUGCUAAACGAUAAAUCUAAUUAUGUAGAACUCUAGACAGAAAAAUACAUAACCCAGUGAUUAUCUACGCGAUAAACUUGUUCAUUCGCUCUUGGAUGUUAGGUAAAUGUUAGCACAACCUAAUGGAAUGAUGAGUUUUUUUAACGGACUUUAAAAAGACGUUCAAAUACAACAAAUGCAUUCCCAAGUUGUUCACACGAUAGCGUAUUUGAAACACGACGCUUUUUUCGAGCAGUGUUGCAUUUUCAAUUUUGGGCGUUGGUAAUAGAACUUCAUUUAACUUCAUACUAUAUUUGAACGCUUUUUAACGUCAGUUAAAAAAACUCUCGUGCGAAUGAAGGCUUAUAUUUAGCUAGAGACCUCGAGCCAAGUGUUAAACCGUGAUUGCCUCCUAUUAUAAUUUUUGAAUCCAUGUUUGGUUUCUUUUCAUAGUAUUAUCAAUUAUCUCUUCUAUUGUUUGGCAUUAUUUUAUGUAUUAUAGAUAUCUGAAUAUUUUGCUAUUAUUUUUUAUGUAUAAAAAAUAAUAAUUGGCGCAGAUGGAUCCCAUGUUAUUGAUUGAACAAGGGGCACCUAGCUAAAUAGAAUUCUGUAGAAUGAGAACGAUAAGUAGAUUAUGAUUAGUCUGUUGUUGAUAUUACUCAGUGUAGAUUACAAUUAUGUCGUCGUCAUCAACCCAUAUUCGGCUCACUGCUGAGCUCGAGUCUCCUCUCAGAAUGAGAGGGGUUAGGCCAAUAGUCCACCACACUGGCCCAAUGCGGAUUGGCAGACUUCACACACGCAGAGAAUUGAGAUAAUUCUUUGGUAUGCAGGUUUCCUCACGAUGUUUUCCUUCACCGAUUGAGACACGUGAUAUUUAAUUUCUUAACAUGCACACAACUGAAAAGUUGGAGGUGCAUGACCCGGACCGGAUUCGAACCCACAACCUCCGGAAUCGGAGGCAGAGGUCAUAUCCACUGGGCUAUCACAGCUCUCUUACAAUUAUGUAUUUAAUACUAUAUUGUCUAUGUAACUUAUGAAAGUCCACCAACCUGCAUAUUAGCAGCGUAGUGUGGAUCUAGGCUCCAAAUCGCCAUACAUGAAGAAGCCCAUUAAAAAUAAGUUGAUGAUCAUAAGUAUAAAAAGUACUAUAACAACCAGAAAGAUGUUUAAUACAUUUUCAAUCUUAAAAUGUUACAGAAGCUAUAAUUUUAGAAACAAACAAAACUGGCUGUAAGUUUUGCAACUAUGUAUUUUCUACAUAAUUAUGUCUAAUAUUGUUCUACUAACAUUUUAUCUGACUAAUUAUGUCAUAUCUUAACCCCGUCCAUAGUAUUGUACUGUUUCUACAAUUUGAUUAUAAAAUAUUCUAUUUAUAUUUACGUUGUGCCUAAGGGUAAGGUAAAAAUUAUACUAUCCUAUUGAAACGAUAUUUGUUCUAGAAAAAAAUAUUUGUAAUUUUAUAUAAAAAAAAUAUAUAAUUUUUAAUCUAAGGCUUCGAUCACUUAUAUUAUAAAAUCAACGAAAAAUAUUUUACAGUAAUUUCUUGGUUGAGUAUCAGUAAUUAUAGUGCACUAAUAAUAUUUUAAAUUUUUUCUAUAUUAAAAUAAUAUUUUAAUAUAGAAGUGAUUAUUACAGUUAUUUACAAGAACACUAAGUCGUGCUAACCGCUAAAUCGUUUGAUACUUUUUUGUUUGGUGGUUUAUGUUGCUGACUUUUAGGUAUCCACAAAUAUUUAUGUAUUUUUAUAUAAGUGGUCAAGCCCUUGUGUAUCUUUUUAUAUAGUGCCAGAAACAGUGCCUAAUUAGAUAAAUAUGGUGUCAGUAUUAUAGCUAUCCAGUUUAAAUUGGCUAAAACUAUCUAGUAAUUUUUACAUUCUAGUUUAGGUGUUUGUUGUAACUAAGGACCGUGCAUCGUCUGACAGAUGAUAAUUUUUAUUAUAUUUUACUGAUUACGAAAAUAUUUUUUUUAAAGUCUUUUUAUGACUUGACAUGACCUUUUCAUUAUACUUCGCAAAUUCUAUCGUCAUAAAUUAUAUGUAUAAAUAAUUAAUUAAUUUAGCUAUUCUCUGUAACGGUAUAGCAAUUUCCAAACAAUUAUUCAAUAUUGACAUUUGGUUUUGUUUUAUGUACUGUUAAUAUUUACAUUCCCAAUUGCAGAAAUUAUUUAUAUGUAUAAAUGACUUUAGUCAGAAGUUUUAUCAAACGUAAAUUUCUGAAGACGAAGAAUAUUUCUGUACUUAUUAUCCUCUGAUCUUUGCAUUUUCACACUAUUGUGUGCAGCAGUUUCAAAUAUUUUCACAGUGAAAAAUAUUUAAAUUAUAUCGAAUAAGUAUAGUUUUAAUACAAAAGCCAUAUUGGAAUAAUUUAGAUUCGUCUAAAACAUGUGAGUAGGUACUUAAUCUUAUUUUACACUCCCUAUGGUAUAUAUAAUAUAUAACAUAGGGAGUUAUAUAAAAUCUAUACCUAUAUUAUAAAAUCAAAAUGCAUGCUAAAAAUUAUUGUUAUACUAAUUUGUAAGCUAUCAUUAUUUGAGUAUUUAAAAGAAGGACGGUUGGAAUAUUUAUCUUAUUACUUAAGAUACAAUUAACGAUUAAGAUUAUUUUAAUUUUCUUUCAUUAAUCAGAUAUUAAUUUGCCAGUACCUCACGUCUCCAUUAAUAUUUAUUACGUUAUAAUUGUCGAGAUAAUUAAAUCUGUUUACUUAAAAGUACAUCAUUUACGUGAUUGAAUUGAUUCGACAAUACGACGUUCAGUUCAAUUCCACAAUGUAAAAGAGUAGUUAAUAAAAAUGGAAAUAAUAAUAUCGCUACGUGGCAACACCACAUUUAGUGUCUUUUUCACAAAAAAAUAUUAUAGAGCGCCCAAUUAUUCUUGAUAAUUUUAUCAAAUUAUUAAAAUCAUAUUCGAUAUUCGGAUAAUUACCAGACGAAUUACGAUAAAUAUCAUUUAUAUUUAAAUGAUGUUUUCAAGGAUUUAAAAAAAAUAAUAGAUCUUUGUAAAACAGAGUAACUCUAUUUAUAUUCGAAGAAAAUAGAAAUAAAUAUCUUUUCUAUUCUAUGAGCUAACUACCAGGCAUCAGUGAUAAAAAUUUUACUAAUUAUUAUUUUUAAUUAUUUGAACUAUGCCCAAUACCCGAAAAUGUUUUACUGCGCAUAGUUCAAGUUACAGGCCGCGUUACUUGGACUUUUUAGUUGUACUUAUUAAACUUCACUUUGAUUACAGUAUUCUUUAAUUGUAUCGGCGAUUAUAGACAAUUAAGUGUGUAACGUAUUGCCUUAAAUAGAAUAAGUGCCUUAACACAGCCUAGUUUGAUUGUUGUAUGCACAUUUGCACCUGUUGUUUGAUUAUUUAAUUGUGACUGUUGAGUAGAAUCUUUAAUCUAUGGAAACGAACUUUAUACAUAUUACAUUGUUCUAGUAGCUAUUGUGGUGCAUUCAAAUUAGCCGUUACAUAUAUGCUGCGAUAUAAUUUAGUCAAAGUUAAAAUUAUUUUUUAAUAAAAUCGAAUAAUUUUGUACAUUAUUGUAAAGGUAAUGGUGAUAUUAAAUAAAAUUGGGUAUUUAUUUAUGGGGGUUAAAUUUGAUUAAAAUAGUUUUGUAUUAUUUUUAAAUAUAUAUUAUUUUUAAAUAAACUUAAAACUACGAUGGUUAAAAUAUAUGACUUAAUAAUGGCAUAGGUAUAAUAUUGUAUUUCUUAUAGGGAAAGAUUGCAGGAUUUUUUGCCUCUUUUAAUUGUGUAGCCAUGGAAAAAAUAGAAUUUUGGGGCUUUUUAAAAACUGUUUUUAACAUCUGUUAGUUUCAUAUUGUUUCAAUAUUUAUUUUCGAUUCGUAGGAGUAAUUGCUGACGGCUAAUUCAAAUGCACAUUGACUCUUUACGAGUAGUUUAUACAAGUUAAUUUUUUUGAUGAAUGUUCUACGAUUGUAAUUAUACAUAUUAUUGUAAAUUAUUUUGAUUAUGCAUGACAGCCGGGCAAAUUGGCACGCAGUUCAUUUUAAAUUCUGAUUGCAUUGCUCAUUUUUCAUGUAAUUUGCAAUUAGUUUACGCUAAGUUCACACAGCAUUAUAAUGCAACGUUUACCAUCAAAUACUACGUAAAUAUAACACAGAAAAAAAAUGGCGUUUUUUGUACUUAUUUUAGGGUACCUACUAAAAAAAAAUAUCAUGGUACAAAAUUGUACGAUUACAAAAACAUACAUCCCAAUAUAGAACCUCCCCAAUUUUAGGGAGUCUGUUAAAACGUGCAUUGUAUGCCGUGUGAACUUGGCUUAUUAUCGAAACGACAUAAAUAACUAAAAAAAUGAUUUUUGAAGUUAAUUAUUUUUAAAUUAAGACUGCGCGCCGAGUGCGGACGCUUUAAAUAUUGUUUGUUUCAUCACAAAUCAUGAGAAUCAAUUGCGUACUGUAUUUUUUAAUGUACGUACAUCAAUUUGUCAUAAAGUUUAUGCCAAAUAUAUUGUAUUAUCACAUUGUUAAAUAAGAACUGUUAUCAAAUAUAGAUUUUGAAAAAUA